AUGAAGGUUCUCGUCAUCGCCGCUCUGUGCGCCGUUGUACUGGCCGCCCCCCAGCACCGACCCCGGCCCGACUACGAUCGGAGACCAGACUACGACCGCAGACCCGCAAAUCAGAUUGGUGCUGGUGUCGACUGUAGGUACAGAUGUACCCUCCAAGUCUGUGAUACCCAGAACUGCACGUACAAGUGCCGACGACCCACCGCUUGUGAACAGAACCCCGUCAAGGCUAUUCAAUACGCUGCUGGACUCGACAGCGAUGCCGUUGCCGGAGCUGCCGCUCCCGCUGUUGCCCCGGUGCCCGCCGAUGCCGCUCUGAUCGCCGCCAAGGAUCCCAAGCCGGCAGCUGUUGAGAUUCCGACCGCUCCCGCUGAUGCUCCCGAACCCGUAGCCCCCAUGGCUCAGGCCGCUCCUGUUGUUUCCGCAGCGGUCGCCUCCGAGCCCGUGGCUCCCAUCGAGGUUCCCGCAAUCGUCCCCGUUGAGGUCCCCUCUGUUGCCGAGGUGUCCAAGAUCGAGGAGACAGUCGCUCCUGAGCCCCUGGCAGCUGCCUCCCUCGUCGCCGAGAAGCCCGCUGUGAUCGAAGUUGUUCCCGCUGCCGUUCCCGCCAUGCCCGCCGUCGUUGCCCCCCAGCCUAUCGCUGUUGCUCCCGUUGUCGACGCUCUCCAUGCAGCCGUCAGCUACCAGCAGCCGAUCGCGGUCCCCGCUCCCCAGCAGGUCCACAAGGUCACCGAAGAGGCUCAGGUGGCCAAGAAGGAGGAGAAGAUCCCCGCCAAGGAGGCUCCAGUUCAAUCUGCCGCCGUCGAGGCUCCCCAGCAGGUCAAGGUGAAGGUCGACGCUCCCGUGAAACCCAUCGUGCACUCGGUUGGGAAGGACGCCGUUGAACCGGUCGCCCAGAAGCCUAUUGUCCCUCAGAAGGAAGCCGUUGAGAAGAAGGAGCAGAUCAAGAAGGAGGUCCCCGUCGUGGCUCCGAUCGUCAAGGAGGCGCAGGUCCCCAAAGUCGCUCCCGCCGCCGCUCCCGUCGCUGCCCCGAUGGUGAAGGACGUCCCGACCCCUGUCAAGGCUGCCGUAGAGCAGGUCGCCAAGAAGCCGCAAGUCAUCGCUGAGACCGUCGCCCCAAUCGCUCAGGAGAAACCCCAGCAACAAGCCACCGUUGCCCAGCCUGCCCAACAAACGCAGCAACAGCAAGUAGCUGAGGCCCCAAAACCUAUGGGAGUUUAG